UUCAAGUGUGGUUGGCGUCUUGGCGACCCACCUUAUUUAUUUCCAACUAAAUUAAAAUUAUAAAUUUUAAUUCUUCACCUCUUUCUUCCAUUUACCUUCACAAUUAUCACCAAAUUCCCCCAACUGUUUAAUUCUCUCUCUUCAAUUUUGCAUCCAUCGCAAUUAAUCAAUCCCUAGAUUCUACGAAUUUCUGCUUCGAUUUGAUCUCAAUUGUAACUUAUUGAUUUAUAAAAACCCUAACUAAUCGAAGGAUUUUGCGAGAUGUUUAACGGUAUGAUGGAUCCUGAGUUGUUUCGGAUUGCGCAAGAACAGAUGAGUCGCAUGUCUCCUGCUGAGAUGGCUAAGAUCCAACAGCAGAUGAUGUCUAAUCCGGAGUUGCUUAAGAUGGCUUCGGAGGGUAUGAAGAAUAUGAGGCCUGAGGACCUAAAGAUGGCUGCAGAGCAAAUGAAGAAUGUACGUCCUGAAGAAAUGGCUCAGAUUGGUGAGAAGAUGGCUAAUUCAUCCCCGGAAGAAAUUGCAUCAAUGCGUGCACGUGCUGAUGCUCAAUUAGCCUACGAGUUAAAUGCAGCUGAAUUACUUAAAAAACAGGGAAAUGACCUUCACAAACAGGGAAAAUAUCAUGAUGCAGCACAGAAAUACUUGCGGGCAAAGAACAACCUACAAGGGGCUCCAGUUGCCAGAAGUAGAGCAUUGCAGUUAGCAUGCUCACUCAAUCUGAUGUCAUGUUAUUUGAAAACUAGACAAUUUAAUGACUGCAUCAAAGAAGGCAGUGAGGUUUUGGCCUAUGAUGAAAAGAAUGUCAAGGCCUUGUACCGUAGGGGUCAAGCAUACAAAGAAUUAGGUCAAUUAGAGGUUGCUGCCUCUGACCUGACUAGGGCACUUGAAGUUACCCCUGGUGAUGACACGAUUGCUGAAGUUUUAAGGGAGGUCAAUGAAAGUCUAGGAAAAGAAGGUGUCACACGAACUUCUACAGGAUUGGUAAUUGAAGAAAUUACUGAAGAAGUUGAGGCUGUGUUAGUUUCAAAUGAUAAGAGAGCGUCUCAAGAUUGUUCAGUUACUCACCCUGAGGAAAGCAUUGGGCAUUCUAAAUAUCAAUCAGAAACUGUUAGUAAGAGACCAACGACAGAAUCAGAAUGUUUGCAGGCAAUGAAAGAUGAUCCCGACACAAUCAGAUCCUUCCAGAAUUUCAUUUCCGAAACUGAUCCUGAGGUUCUAGCCAGAAUGAAUAUGGGAAACAAUGGAGAGGUUCCUGCUGACAUGCUGAAGACAGCAUCAAAUAUGAUUGGCCGAAUGUCUCCAGAGGAACUCCAAAAUAUGAUGAAAAUGGCCUCCUCGUUUAAGGGUGAUAAUUCACCCUUUAAUGGUAACUUUGGACCGGGCUCAGUUCCUCCAAAUUUGUCACCCGAAAUGCUGAAAACAGCAAGUGAUAUGAUGGGUAAAAUGUCACCGGAGGAAAUUCAAAGGAUGUUUGAGAUGGCUUCUUCUUUGAAGCAGGACUCAGUUCCCAGCUCAUCAGGUUCGUCAAGUGGCAGAUCGAGUUCGGAGUCUGGCUCAAAGUUCACUGCAAAUCGGGAUGUACCUGUUGAUAGAAAUAAUAGUAUUGGUGAGAGGAACAGUAUAUCUGGCUCGUAUACUAAUUUUGGAAGUACUUCCCAAUCAAGUAUGCCUACAUCUAUGAGUGAUAUGCAAGAACAGAUGAGAAAUCAAAUGAAAGAUCCCGCCAUGCGACAAAUGUUCUCGUCGAUGAUGAAAAAUAUGAGCCCCGAUAUGAUGGCCAGCAUGAGUGAGCAAUUUGGACUCAAGCUUUCCAAAGAAGAUGCUGCAAAAGCUCAAGAAGCCAUGUCGUCAUUGUCACCUGAAGACCUAGAUAAAAUGAUGCGUUGGGCUGAUAGAAUUCAAAGAGGAGUAGAAGGUGCGAAAAAGACAAAGAACUGGCUACUGGGAAGACCGGGAAUGAUUAUAGCCGUAUGCAUGCUUCUUCUGGCUGUUAUCCUUCACUUUUUCGGCUUCAUUGGUAGGUGAUUUUUCAGGACAGUAAGAUAAAUCUCCUGUUAUAACCGCUUGUACUUGCCGAUAUCAGCAAAUCUAGGGCCGAACUUUUGGUGUUCAAGGGGUGUGUAAAUCUUAAAGAAGAGAUCGUCAACUUAUGUAUGUUAGCUAAUGUGAGGUAUCCUUUUAUUUGUUUGAACCCCUGGCACUUUCUUUGAAGAAGAAUUGGGGUAUAAAUUUUUUGAUGGGUCUAACAAACGGCCCUCUAAUCUAGUAAUCUAUCCAGCCUUCGUGUUACUGUAGACUGUAGUGUUCUGUUUUACAAGCUUCCCAUUUUCUAUAGUUCUAGUAUGUCUGCACAUUUUUCUUUUUUAUCCCAGCUCUUUUUUUGGUGUUUAGAGAGCCACAAGGGCGGGAUUCCAAGAUCAUUUCGGGAAGCUCUAACCACUUGAGUCUUCCUUCACUCUCACCCCAGCUCUUUGAGUUGUAGUUAGUUGAUAAUACUUCGUAUAUUGUCAUUGACUUGACUUGUUUAUGAGAAUUUAUGUAGUUUAAUUUAUCUUUGUA